AAGCAGAGGCCAUAUCUCAUGGUUAUUUAGGCUGAGUACCUCAGCAGUGCACCGACCUAGCUGGAGAUUUAUUAAAGUAGGCUACAGCGGGUUCAACUAUGGACAAGCAUUCUCUGCACCAAACCAACCGAACAGGCGCUGCGUCCUGGUACCUGGCCGGGCUCCUCAGCAUGCUCCUCUGCCUGGGGUCAGUCCUGUCCCUCCAUGUCCCCCCGGGGACCAGCGGUCUCCAGUCGGCCUUCUCUGCCACCAGGAGCAACAGUGUGGUCGGGGGCAGCCAGAAGGCGGUGACCUUCAACAAGCUUCUGGUCAACACGGGGGGCGACUUCAACCCCGACACAGGCCACUUCCGCUGCAGGGUGCCCGGCGCCUACUACUUCUCCUACUCGGUAGGAAAGUUCCCCAAGAAGAUGCUAUCAGUCAUACUGGUGAAGAACGGGGAGGAGGUGCAGGCCAUAGCGUACGAUGACUACCGCAAGAAAGGAAGAAAGGUCCAGAGCCAGAGCCUGAUGAUCACACUGAAGGCCAUGGACACUGUGUGGCUGCUGCUGCAGCAGGGCACGCAGUAUGCGCUCUACAGCAAUGUGGGGCCGUACAUCACCUUCUCCGGCUACCUGGUCUACCCCGACGUGACGGCGGCCAGCCACUACAACAACCACAACCAGCUGGGCCAGCCGUGGCCGUCCCACCCAGAGUGCCCCCCUCAGGGAGCCGACCCGGGGUCCAGCCUGCACCAUGGCCAGGCCCCAGAGCCGGAGCCGAGGUCCGCCUUCUCCGUGGCCCGGACCUCCACCUCCCUGGGCCAGAGCUCCAGCGGCGGAGAAGAGGAGGAGAAGAAGCCCCUGAGCUUUGACGUGGAGUACGUGAACAUCGGGCGCCACUUCAACAAGACGUCAGGGGUCUUCACCUGCGGCUACCCGGGGGCGUACUAUUUUGCGUUCACGGUAGGGAAGCACCCCCGCAGGGCUGUGUCGGUCAAGCUGAUGACGGGCCGGGGCGAGGUGCAGGCCAUGGUGUUCGACGAGGACACGUCCAAGCGCAGGGAGAUGCAGAGCCAGAGCCUGUUGCUGGCCCUGCGCCAGGGGGACAGUGUGUGGCUGUACAGCCAGCAGGACGAUCGCUACGCCGUCUACAGUAACCAGGGGCGGUACACCACCUUCUCUGGCUUCCUGGUGUACCCCGACACCCCGGCGGGGGUCCCAGACCGGGCCCACACCCUCGCUUCUGACAAGGGAACUGGACGGGAGAACUGAGUCUAUUGUAGAAUGGAGGAUUGUCUGCAAAAUAGAUACAAUUAAAAGAUAUGCCACAUGUACUUACACUUACUAUUAAAACUGGAGAUAUACUGUAAAUGUUUUUACUUCUAUGCUGUCUCACCAACCACAAGGUGUCGCUGUAGGGCAAAUUGUUAUAUUCUCUUUCCCUGAUGUAUAGUUUUCUAUGAUAAAGACGAUUGGAUUUUGGCUUGAAAAUAGUUACGUUAUUUUUGUUUGUUUUUACAUUUGUACAGCUUUUGAUAGUGAAAAAAUACCAACCUAUUAGCGUACACUUAACAAAAAGUCUCUGAGUCAAUGUCACUGAUAGCAUCCUGUGUCCUUUAGAAUUUAUUUCAGUAACAUAAAGAUUUGCCUACAUUAUGAAGCCUUUUCUUUUGUAUUUGAAAUUUUAGUUUACCUUGAAUAAAAUACCUGUUGUCGACUCUGAUGCAUUAAAUCACGUAAAAAACAUAAAAAAAAACGUUACAUUAAAUAGUUCUUGAAGUGAAAAGCAAAAUAUAUAAUAGUUGACAUCUUGACAGGUGAGACUGUGGAAAAUAAUUAAAUCCAAUAACCAAUGAUCUAAGUUCUUCUCUGUCAUAUUGUGGAAUGGAGACAUGGAGGUGACGGACGAGGAGAAGAGGAUGUGUGUAUUAGUUGGUUUAAGAGCUGUGAAUUAAACUAAUCUCCCAGAACAACAUAUUCAGUUCUCAUUUGAUACCGUUUUUUAAGUGGUAAUAAAACAAAGCCACUCUCUGUGUUUUUACAUAUCACAU